AUGCUGAAUCAACUCCUUCUUGUUUCGCUCAUUGGAGCUUCUAUUCUGGGAGCAACUGCUUAUAAAACAAAGCAGUUGGCUCAUAGCCACGCCAAAACCAUUUCCUCUAACGAUGACUUCAUCGGAUGCCCUACAAACAAUGAUUUCUACUACAAUGGUACCAUCAAUUCCCCAAUGUACCCAUACAACUAUCCACCAAAUGAUAAAUGUUACUAUUACAUUUCUGCAGAGCCUGGAAAGGUUUUGAAAUUCUCCUUUUCUCACUUCGACUUGGAAUCUUGUUGUGACUUUGUGACAAUUUAUGAUGGACCAACUGUAGUGUCGAAGAAACUUGUUCAAAUCGGAGGACCUGGAUCAACUGUCACAACUCCUGGAACUUAUUACACUACCACUAGAAAUGCAGUCAUCACUUUUGAAUCAAACCCAACUAUUCAGAAAUCUGGAUUCUCUAUGCAAUAUUCUUCGGUAAACACCGUUUCCCCAUGCAACCGUGACAUUUUCCUCGUCGUUAAUGGUUUGGCCAACGUUGGUACCCAGUCUAACUUUGAAAAGGAAAUCAAAUUCAUCGCAAACCAAUUGACACCCACUUGGAAUGUUGGAUUAGAUAAAGUCAGAGUUAUGCUCAAUCUUCAGACCGACAUCGACUACGCCAUCAUUUGGGCCGCAGAUGACGUGCCCACCAACGCCAACGUUACACAAGAAGUUCUGACUAUGUUGGACUAUAUUCCAGAUGUUACCCAAGAUAACAACACUGAUUUGGAAUGCCUUUUCCGAUAUGCUUAUGAUGGAAUCGGUGACAGCAAAGAGUUUGAUGAGAGAUAUGGAAUCGAGAAAGUUGUUAUUGUUUUCGUGGCGGCUAAUGCGAACGACGACCAAGACUACAACGAAUCCUUUGAAUUCGCCCACAAGAUCCGGACAGAGCAAGACGCAAAAGUGAUCGUUAUUGGAAUGGGAACUGGUCUCGAUCAAGCUAAACUCUCUAAGCUUGCGUACGCUUCUGGAUUUGCUUUCUUCUCCACCAGCUACGAUAACUUGCAAUCGUUGAUCCCUCAAAUCAACAAUGCAAUCUGCUCGGGACUCAGCUCUCAAUGUGGGCCGUAA